AUCUUUAGCUUUUAAUCUAUCAUUCCAGAAACAGUAUGCAUAAUUGCUUGAGUUAAUUGCUUAUAUUUUAGCCACAAAAUAUAUUAUUAAUAUUUACAAAAUGUACAUUUACUACAUAUUUUUAAUUAUUUUAAAUAUUAAUUAUAUUUUCUGUGAUCAAAAUCCUGAAGGAGUAGAAUAUGCGAACAAAUGUGAAGUUUGUAAAAUAUUAGCAAUAGAAUUAGAAUCACGUUUAGAUGAGACGGGAAAAACCCAUGAUGUACUAGAAAUUGGAUAUCAUGUAGAUGAUGUCAAACCGAAGAAACGAAAAGAAUAUAGAAAAUCAGAAUUACGACUUUUAGAAUCAUUAGAAAAUGUUUGUGAUCGAAUUUUAGAAUAUAACAUUCAUAAAGAACGAAGUGAUAGUACGAGAUUUGCAAAAGGAAUGAGUCAAACAUUUCAAACAUUACAUGGACUUGUUGAUAAAGGUGUCAAAGUUGAAUUAGGUAUUCCUUAUGAUCUGUGGGAUAAACCUAGUGCUGAAGUAACAAAUUUAAAAUCACAGUGUGAAACAUUAUUAGAACAACAUGAAAAUGAUAUCGAAACAUGGUAUUUCAAACAUCAAGGUGAUAUUUUAUUAAAAAAAUAUUUGUGUGAGGAACGAGCGUUAAAAAAUCAAGACACAAAAUGUUUAAAUGAACAAUUAAAAGGAGACACUGGAGCAAAGCAAAUUGAUACAGACACUCCAGCAAAGACUGAGCUGUGAAUAUUAAUUGUAUUUAGGUUGAUAAUUUUAGUUUUAAAACAGUUCGAUUACAUUUAAAGUCACAACAAAAAUAAUUGUUACUUUUUUUAAUAUAUUUAUAAAAACAAAAUAAAAAAAAUUUUCCUACCAUUUCUUUGAUCUCAUAAUCUGUAAAAUAAAUUCAAAAAUUGCAUUAUCACUUUAUCAUAAUUAUGUAAUUACAUGAUUCCGAAGUUUUAUUAAUAAAACUGUUUUAUAAAUAA